UAGAUCAAACACCAUCAGCGGUAAAUGCCAACAGUACAAAUAAUGCCGGUGGACAAUUGGUUCCACCGCCUCUGACACCUGGUACAAAUAAGAAAAUGACCGAAGCCCUGCAAGCUACAUUUGCAUCCUGGGAAAAAGAGCGACAUAAGUUGAAUGUCCCAAAAGAUCCCAGGCUAUGGACAGAGGCGCAGGCUUCACAUUGGUUCUGGUGGGCUUACCGCGAGUUCUCGGUACCCGAACCUCCGCCGACACCGUUACUGCGCCGCGUCGUGUGUGGCACAUCUCAGUUCCAGAAAUUCACCACGGCCAGUCCCAACACCACGAUCAUGGGCCGUAGCAGUCAGAUGAUCCGGGAACGCGUCCGCCGCGGCCGCCGCCGUCUCCGUAGCAGCGGUAACUGCAACGGCGGCAGCAAGUCGCCGGGCAGCAGCAACAAUGACGACGACAAUGACACGGACAAGGACCUGGACGACGACGACGACGAGCCCUACGACGAAUUGGUAUCGUCGUCAAGCAGCAACAAACCACUGUACGCUCGGAGGGGUAGACACUUGUGCAAUAUGGGACGCGAACGAUUCGUGGCCGAGGCGCCACCGUUYUUGGGUGACAUCCUCUGGGAACAUCUCGAAAUGAUGCAAAGAGACAUCGAUAGAGCCUCGUCGAUAUCCAUGUUUGGUGGUGGCAAUCAACAUUUGACAUCGUUACACAACACUGGUGGCAAUAACAAUAAUUCAAACUUCUAUCACGAAAAUUUCGUUCAACAUCAACAACACAGACAUCAAGUGGACGACAACAGUGGUUUAUUCUCUUCCGCUUAUCCUGUACCGGCUGCAUCCGAACCGCAGCAUAUCCGGUUGCAAUCGCCACCACACCGACUGAACCAUCGUAAUCGCAAUCUCCAUCACAACCAACAAUAUGAAACAG